AUGCGUCUGAAGAUGCUGGACAUGUACAGUGGCUGCGGUGCCAUGUCCACGGGGAUUGAGAUGGGCGGCACUCCCAGGGGCGUCACCAUAGACACUUGUUGGUCCGUGGACUUCAACGCGGCUGCAUGCGAGAGCAUGAAGUACAACCACCCGCUCUGCCAGGUGCGCAAUGAGACUGCAGACGAGUUCCUGGUGAUUCUGAAAGAGCUGCCGUCCCUGCUGGAACGUUACUCUGUGAGCUCAGCAGCUGCUGCUGAUGCAGUGUUCAUGGAUGGCGAGAAAGGCGGUAAGGCUGUUGCGCAUAAACAUAAGGUCGUGCACCACUCGCAUCACCAGCACCAGGAGCAGCAGCAGGAGCAGCAGCAGCAGCAGCAAGAGCAGGAGCAGGGAGGUGAAGGGUCAAUGGCGAAGGUGGAAAACACCAAAGAGGUGGAAAUGGGAGAUGCGGAAGAGGCUGCAGGGAAAAAGGAGGAGUUAGAGGAAGUGAUGGAGGAGGUAGAGGACGAAAUAGAGGAGGUGGAGGAGAGAGGGAGGGGGAAGAGGAAGAGGAGGGCAUCAGCUGAGAAGGGCGAGAAGGCGAGGACAUCAGGCCGGAACAAGAGGCAGAAGGAGGGACAGCAGAGCAAUGGUGCUCCCAGCAAUGUCAACUCUGGGAAGGAGAUGGCGAAGGCGGAGGAGGAUGAGAGCAGUGAUGAGGAGGUUGACGAGGGGGAGUUUGAGGUGGGGCGGAUUGUCGGGGUGAGGUACAUUGCUGCCACGGAGAAGGGACGGCCAGCUGGCAUUUACUUCAAGGUGGAUUAUGCGAGGAGAUGCACAUGUGCUGUUCUUGCCCUCUGCACCGCGCUCAACCUACGCCUGUGUUGGGGAUAUUCGGUCUCUUAUCUGCAGGUUCAGUGGAAGGGGUACGGACCAGAGGAGGACACCUGGGAAGGGGAAGACAGUCUCAGCUCGUGCAAGCCGGCUAUCAGGGACUACCUGGUGGAGGUCAAGGAGAAGAAGCUGCUGCCUCUGCCGGCAAUUCGGGACUACCUGGUGGAGGUGAAGGAGAAGAAGCUGCUGCCUCUGCCGGGCGAUGUGGACAUCAUCUGUGGAGGCCCCCCCUGCCAGGGCGUGAGCGGCUUCAACCGCUUUCGCAACACGGAGGACCCGCUGGCGUGCGAGAAGAACCGGCAGCUGGUGGUGUUCAUGGACCUCGUGGGGUGGCUGGCGCCCACGUGGGUGCUCAUGGAGAACGUGGUUGACCUCAUGAAGUUCAAAGAGGGCAUACUAGCUAAAUUACGCCAUCGCCCGCCUCGUCGCCAUGGGCUACAAGUGCUCAUCCCCAUUCCCCGUGCAUCCCCUGCUCAUCCCCCUCGCCCCCCAUUUCCCCCCUUCCCCCCAAUCCCCUUGCCUCCCACCCCUUUCAAUCCCUUCCCCCCUCCCCUCUUCUCCACCUUCUCCAUCUCAGGCGCUUCCGAGCUUCCCCUUACCCACACAUCUCGUCGCGAAGGAAAGAGGCACCGUGCCCACGCGCUGGAUGGUGAGUGCUGA